GUGCCCCCGUCCAGUCCCCAGUGUCUGAAGUAAAACACGGAAUGGGAUGUCCGGGCCGAGCGUCACCCCGGACUCGGGAUGUGUUCAGGGCCGUUUCCUUCUCACAGAUGCCGGGAGAGAGCGUCUGUGAAACGGUAGAACUGGCUGAGAUUCCCCGUCUCACAGCCCAAAACCCAUCACAGGAGGCUCCCCAAUUCAACCGGGUUAAUCUGACUGUAAACUGCUGAACCGUCUGGGUGGAGAGGUGUGGGGAGAGGGAACAGCCUUUGGGGAUGGACUGGAAGGAGACGAAACAACUUGUUCAGGUAUUUAUUCAGUGAUGUUACUGACUGAUCUUCAAUGUGGAACCCGCGCGAUUAAAUAAAAUGCCCCCCGCGCUGUGUUUCGUUUCCUUUGUGAACUGACUUUUGGAAAUUGGCGGUUGUGGAAAAGUGGGGGCGGAGCUGGGAGAUGAGAGGCCGCUCUCGGCUCUGUCUGUCACUCUGACUCUGUCCCCUCCCCGCCUCCCUCUCUCGCUGCGCCUUUCUCGGGCAGGUCGGGGCGCUGUGUAUAAAAGGAGACAGCAGCAGUCGGUGUGUCAUUGAGCAGCGACUUGAUUGAAGCAGCAUCAUGUCUGGCAGAGGGAAAGGAGGCAAAGGACUGGGCAAAGGCGGGGCCAAGCGGCACCGUAAAGUGCUCCGUGAUAACAUCCAGGGCAUCACCAAACCAGCCAUCCGGCGCCUGGCUCGGCGUGGCGGCGUCAAGCGCAUCUCGGGGCUGAUCUACGAGGAGACCCGCGGGGUGCUGAAGGUUUUCCUGGAGAAUGUGAUCAGGGACGCGGUCACCUACACCGAGCACGCCAAGCGCAAGACGGUGACUGCCAUGGAUGUGGUGUACGCUCUGAAAUGCCAGGGCCGCACUCUCUAUGGCUUCGGCGGCUGAAGAACUCUGUCCUUUCUCCCGAGCACAACACAAAGGCUCUUCUC